CCAUCAGCUGAUAAUUGAUAAUACGGCAGCAGACACAAAGGAGUCGGUAAUUGUUAUUGCAAAUUUUUUUGCAGGACGAGCAAGGAGUGGUGAAAGUGAAUCACGCCUUUGUGUGGACGCAAAAAAAGUGAAAAGCCAUAAAGUAAAACAUUUGUACAAAAUAAUUAAUUAUUUACAAAUACAUAUGUGCAUAUUUGGCUUAACUGAGUUCAAAAAUGCGAAAGUAGAAGAAUCAAUCGCUGCCAAACAACGUUUAGCAAAAAAUUCCUCGAACUAGGUAUAUUUAAUUGGGGAAACUAUUUAAAAAAACUGAAUGAAUAAAAAAGAGUUGCAGCAUGCCUAGCUCAUUGUUAUUUGCCACCAAUAGUGAAGGCCGCGUGUAUACACUGUCAACCAAUUCUUCCUCUUGGCGAGAGUUCCCAUACUUGGGUUUAGAGUUCAAAAAAAUUGCUGCUGUGCCACAUUUUGUUUGGGCCAUUGGUGGUGAUCGUCAAGUCUAUGUGUAUGUAUUUGGCUUAGAUGUGCCCAUACGCGUCAAAGAAGAGUCGUACGAGAAUGAACGCUGGUUACCGAUUGAAGGAUUUUCGAAAAAGUUGUUGCCUACCGAUCGCUAUAAGUUCUCCUCAGCUGAUGGCAGUGUGGAACGCAACAUUGAUAAGGUAAGGUUGCCAUCAAUGGCGUGGCAAUGGGAUGGAGAUUGGCAUUUAGAUCUUGAUAUGGACGGUCAGCAGUUAGCGGAAGAUGGUUGGAUGUAUGCGUUAGAUUUUCCCGCUACAUACUCGGCGAAGAAUUCAUGGAACUCGUAUGUACGGCGUAGAAAAUGGGUACGUUUUCGCCGCUAUAGUGCGCUGAACAGCUGGUGUGCCGUAGCGCCACUACAUAAAGACCCCACACAAGAGCCUUUUAUUGAUGUUUCUGUUGGGGGCACAAAUGUACCAAAUGCACCAUUGGGUACUAUGAUCGUGUGGGCUAUCACUGCACACGGAAGGGCAAUGUUUCGCACCGGCGUAAGCACUUCUGCACCAGAAGGUCUUCGCUGGAAUGCAAUUAACACUCCUCCCGGCUGUGAGUUGGCACAAAUAAGUGUUGGUCCGACUGGUCUUGUCUGGGCGGUGCUAUAUAAUGGACGCGCUAUUGUACGUACUGGAGUAACGCGCGAAAAUCUCUCGGGUGAAGCGUGGCUAGAUGUCAAGCCUCCAAUUAGUAGCAAUGAUUCGUCGAGCCCACUCAAAAUCAGCCAAGUCUCAGUGGGUACCGAUACUGUUUGGUGUGUGACCAAUGAUAGCCAUGUAUGGUUCCGACGCGGUGUCAAAGGUGAAGCCGCUGGUAUUAGCGAGGACGCUGCCAUUGGCAGUGGUUGGGUAGAGAUGAUUGUGAACAUAUCGUCGAUAUCUGUAGCACCUAAUGAUCAAGUUUUCGCUGUCGGUUCAUCGGAUCGUGCACUAUACUUUCGCUCAGGCGUGUCCACUUCUGAUCCGACUGGCAAGCAAUGGCGGCAAAUUCAGUGCCCUAUGCAGAUAAGUCGCACGUCUAGCUCCAUGUCGAUUGUGUCACGACGCAGUGGCAGUGGCUCAACACCCGGUUCAAAGCAUCAGAGUUUCUCAAAUUUGUAUAGCAAGGAUAAGGAAAAAGGUGUUGUAGAGACAUGUGCACCCAUUGAAAAUGUGUCCGCCAGCCCUGCUUCCACGAAUAGCAGCGCAACGGGUGCAGCAGCAGCGCAGGCGCGGCUCAAAAGCGACAUCUGGAAAUAUUCCGCUGAUUCACCGCCCAACAUCGGUAGUUUGAAUUUAAAUGAGCGCCAUAAGAAACGCACUUCUGCGAUGCGAGAACAUGCAGCACACGCAUCCAGUGCGCCCGCGACCGAGGUCGUAACUGAAAUCGCAGGCAAGCACUUCGAAACUCAGCUAAAGAAUCCGCGCGCCUGGUCACCAGUGCGUAGCGUUGGCUCCAUAGUCGGCACAGAGGCACAUCCGGAGAGUGAUUCUGCCGUGUUCGAAUCAGACUCAACACACCAUGGCUCCGAUGCAUAUCUGGGUGAGGAUGAAGAUCAUGCUGGUUCGCAAUUUUGGACCGAAUGCGAGGUUAUGUGGAGUUGCGUUGCAGCUGGUGGCGUAAGCGUUGAUCCAGCAAACGCACCCAAUUGGUUUAACGAGCAAGCAUCUAGCAACGGCAGAGUAGAUGUAGAUGCAACAUGGCGAAAAGAUAUUAUUGGCAAGUUACAAAAACAAAAGGAGAAACUAAAAAAAUUGAAUCACGUAGAAAAAUACGAAAAGGCAAUCGAGCUGAGCUCAUGGAUUAAAUCAGCGGAGGCACGUUAUCAACGGCCCGGUGGAGAAUUCGAAGAUUGUUUAAUCGAAUUAGAAUGGGUGAGUGGUGCAACGGGCAGUGCCGGUGCAGCAGAUGCCAGCACAACUAUCGCAGACUCCGAUUCCGGUACAUUUACUGUGCUCAAUCCAGAUGGUGUUACUACAAAAAUUCAGUUUUCACUGUCAGCUAUCACAUGUGUGCAGUGCUGUAGCGAGCCGUCUUCACCGCGUAUCGCGCUGCACGCACCACGUUUGCCAAUCAAUUGUUCACCAAUAAAAUUGCAAUUCUCCAGUGAUGCCGAAAUGGAGGAUUGGCUAUCUCAUCUCAGUUCUGUUUGUUGUCAAAUAAAUGAAGUGUUGGGCAAGCCUGCGAACAAUUCCAUUUGGAUCACCAGUGACCUAGGCGAAGUAUUCGUUUUCGAUCCACUCAAUAUGAAGGCAAAUCAGUUGGACAAAGAACGCAAUUGUUAUGUUGAGAAGUUCGAUGUGAAUACAAUGGAAACACCUUACUACAACACACUAUAUAAUGGAAUGCCUAUUGGUACAGAACUGGAGGUGUCUGGUUGUGUUUACGACGAUGCAGAUCAAAUACGCUUUGAUUUACAGUGCCAUCCAAAUAUAAAAACACAUCCCAGGGUGGAAAAAUUCCGUGUCAUUGCGAUGCAUAUUAAUCCAAGAUUCAAUGAGAAUACCAUAGUUCUGAAUAGCAUGUGUGACUCAGAAUGGCUUAAUGAAAUACGUAAUGAUAAAGUGGUAUUCGCACCUGGUGCGACUUUCACGCUCCGCAUCAAAGCUUUGGAACACCAUUAUCAAUUGCAUGUGAAUAGCAUGCACUUCGCCGACUACAAGUACCGCACAGAUCCUGCCGCCGUGACUUGUCUUUACGUUAGCGGACGUGUAAAACUAUUUAAUAUUGUCUAUCGUUGUCCCUCGCUGAUCNCCGCAACCUAUCAUGCUCACAAAAAAAUCACCGAUUGUGUGCGCAGACGACGUUGGCUAAAGAAAUGCCGACUGACUAGUAGCGGUCCAUGGCAGGAGCUUAGUCACUCGAAAAUAUUAGAUGCCUCGUUACAAGUGCUUGGUGGUGAUGCCGAUAGCGCUAAUAGUUUAAGCGAUUGGGAGGAUUUGCCCGUCUGCGCUUGGGCAGUGGCAUCGAAUGGGGAUGUAUUGAUACGGCAUGGUGUUACGCAACAAAAUGCGCGAGGUGAUAGUUGGGAACACAUACCAAGUGAACAGCCGUUGAUUGCAAUUAGCGUGGGGCCAACGGGACAAGUAUGGACUGUUGGACGAAAUGGCAUGAUAUAUUUUCGUUAUGGCAUUACUAGACACAAUCCAUUGGGUGAAGCUUGGCAAAUGGUGGAAACUCCUCCUGGCACAACAUUCCGCACGGUAUCUGUGGGGCACGCUGGUAUUUGGGCUUUAGACAACCACAAUCGCUUGGCUGUGCGCAAAGAAAUAACUAAAACAUUCCCAGAGGGUUCACAUUGGCAGUUCUUGCCGAAUAUGCCAAAUAUUCCUCCACAUACUGAGACGCAUAUCGGUUUCAAAUCGGUCUCUGUAGGCACGGAAGUUUGGGCGAUUGCACAAAAUGGCAUCGUUUGUAAACGUUGUGGUAUAACCAAGGAGAAUCCAGCAGGUGCCGGUUGGAAUUUGGGCAUACCGGGUCAAUGGCAGCAUAUUUCAUUGGAAAGCUUUUCAUAAUACCUAGCCUAAAACCUAUUUGAAUUAUCUCCAAAGAUGCAGUAUUCCAUAAUUUUCCAUUUUAAUAGAAGUAUUUUACUUUUAAGCAGCACCACAUUCUUGCUUUAUUAGCUAAAAGUAUGAUUCACUUAGCUUAUUUUUAUUAAAAACAUUCUAUUAUAUCAUUCCACGGCAGCGUUAUCUGUUUAUUUAAGGCUGCGAUAUUUUUAAGUUGUAAUAGUACCUUUUUUAUUUAAAUCAUAAGACUCAAAAGAAUUUUACUCCAUUCAUAUUACGGAAGUUCGGUCAAUGCUAAUUAAAAUUUAAAAACUCAAAACGUCUUUUUAUAAGCCUUACAAGCCCGUACAUACUUUCUGUGAACGCAUUCCAGUAAAAUCUGCCUUCUUCGUAACCAUUUUCCUUGGCAAUUAUAUUUAGGUAAAAUACGCCUCCGAGUUAUAUGAAUGUUUCUACUUAUCAAACCUAAGAAAAUGCACUUGCAUGACUUAGUUAUAUUAAUAAUGAUAUUUCAAGUUUACAUAAAUGAAAUAAGUAUCACAAUAUCCAGCCCAUAUUUCGUAUCGCCCUCUUCAUCA